GGGCGGAGUGUGCGCGCGCACAGGUCCCGAGCUAGAGGAUCAUCUGACUGCGCAUGCGCCUUGAGUCAGCCGGUGCCUCUGAGGUCGUAAACUAGCUCUCUGUCAUGCAGCGGGAUGAUUCCACGGUGCCAGAUUGAAGUGUUAUAUUUUGCAAAAAGUGCCGAAAUAACUGGAGUUCGUUCGGAGACCAUUUCUGUGCCGCAGGAAAUCAAAGCGUUGCAGCUGUGGAAGGAGAUAGAGACUCUGCAUCCUGGACUGGCCGAUGUUAGAAAUCAGGUGAUCCUUGCUGUUCGUCAAGAGUAUGUCGAGCUUGGAGAUCAGCAACUCCUGCUUCAGCCCGGAGACGAAAUUGCCAUUAUCCCCCCAAUUAGCGGAGGAUAGGGCAUUGGAGCCAGCUAGGAAAGAUGUGGUUGAGGUUGAAGAGAAACCUAAAGACAUAAUACUGUUGACUGCAGAGAAGCUCUCAGUGGAUGAAGUCUCUCAGUUGGUGAUCUCCCCGCAGUGUGGUGCAGUGUCUCUCUUUGUAGGGACUACAAGAAAUAACUUUGAAGGCAAAAAAGUCACUAGUUUAGAAUAUGAAGCUUAUCUACCAAUGGCAGAAAAUGAAAUCAGAAAAAUUUGUCUUGACAUCAGGCAGAAAUGGCCAGUCAGACACAUCGCGGUGUUCCAUCGACUUGGUUUGGUUCCGGUGUCAGAAGCAAGCACAAUCAUUGCUGUGUCCUCGGCUCACAGAGCCGCGUCCCUGGAAGCCAUGAGCUAUGCCAUUGAGUCUUUGAAAGCCAAGGUGCCCAUAUGGAAAAAGGAAAUAUAUGAAGAACCAGCAUCAUCUUGGAAAAGAAACAAAGAGUGCUUCUGGGCUGCUGGAGAUUAGUCACUGGAUGUUUGGUGGUGCCCUAAGUCUUAAAUGUGGCACUGGAGAUUAGUCACUGAUGUUUGGUGGUGCCCUAAAUCUUAAAUGUGGCAAACAAUCUCUUAGGUGAUACGAACGGAAGAAUAGCAGAAUGCACGAGCAUGUGGGAUGAUGAGGGGCUGCAGGAACUAAAGGCUUGACUAAAAUAUGAGAUAAGGUCUGCUGGACCAUCCUGUGACUAAUUCCCAGUUGUAGCCAGCUCUCAAGGACUGUGACCUUCCUUUUACGGUCAUCUGUCCCAGAAAGACCUCCUUGUCCCAUGGGCUAUUGACAGCAUCAUUAUCAGGCAUGUUUUACAAAAGAUCGGCAGGAUCAGAAAGUCAUUGUUAGUUUUGAUAUUAUAUAUUUUUACACAACUUAAACAUAAAACCAAAUAAAUCAUGAUUUUAAAUAGCCUAAAGUAGAUUCUAUUUGUUUAUAUUUAGUGAUAAUAUCUAAGAAAUUUUAUAUUACAGAGGCCACGAUGACUUCAGAAUCUAUAACUACACAGUAAACCUUUUUAUAUUUCAUUAGUUACCAGGAUCUUUAUGACUGUAAAAAUUAGCAUAAAAUUGUUGCAAAACUAACUAGCAUUAAAAUGGUUUGUGUUAAAAUGGUAUCUGAUGUUUGAAAGUUGGCCCACAACUACUUAGAGAGAUUAUGUGAUUAUUUAUUAAAAUAGUUUGGAUAGUUUUCAUAAUGUUUAUAUGACAUUAGCUUGUGUGAAGUUAUUACUAAACAAAUUAAAUUUUCUGCAAGAUUUUUAUAUUAGACAUCCUGUUUCUGAUUGGUCAAGCUGUCAUUACAGGCCGACUACAAAAGUCCCAUACAAUUUGUUGUGAAAAUUUUUUCAGCUUUAUUGAUAAGUAAAUUUAUAAAUAAUUUAUUUGAUAAGUAAAAUGUAUUUAAGUUCUAUAAUGUGGUGUUUAGAUGCAUGUGUUGUGAUCAUCACGACCCAGAUGAAUAACACAUCUGUCAUCUCUGUAGCUUCAGUAGGGGGCGACUUCAGGUGCCUUCUGAGCUCCUAAAUAAUUAAAAUCCCAGCAUAGUUGGUUGAUAGACAUCAUCAUAGAAUUAGCAGCAUUUAUAAUAAAAAUAAAGACUACCAUUAAAUACUUA